AUGGGAGUGUGUGCAGAUUCCAUUCCCCCCAUUCCCCCACUCACCCGUCCCCCGUUUUCUCCCUCCUUUCCUUCCCCCCUCCCUCCCUCCCCCUCGCCUUCACUUGUGUUUCAUCUGCGCAAGUUGGUCCGUCACAGACGCGUCCUUCCCCUCCCCGUCUUCCCUACUCUCUCGUUUUCCCUUCCCCCAGCCCGCUUCCCCCCUCAUUCUUUCCCCCCCCAUUCCCCCUUUCUCCCCACCUUCCUCCCCCCUCCCCCAUCCCCCCUCCCUCCCCCCCUCCCUCUCCCUAACUUGCGCUUCAUCCGCGCCAGUCGAUCCGCCACGGGCGUGUCCUUAUCGACCUCACGUGUCCUUCCCCUCCUCGUCUUCCCUGCCCUCAACUCAUCCCGCCUCCUUCCCCAAUUCCUUCCACCACACACCCCCUUCCCCCGCCCGCCCCCGCCAUCACUCACUUGUGUUUCAUCCGUGCCAGUCGGCCCCAUCCCCGCCUUCUGCCAGGGCCAGCAAGCCCUCAUUUUCCUCAACCUUGCAUGUCCCAUCCCCACCUUCUGCCAGGGCCAGCAGGCCCUCACCUACCUUAACCUCGCCUCCAACGCCCUCUCCGGCCCGCCCACCCCGCUCUCCUCCCCCUCCUGCGCCGCCUCCCUCAAAUAUCUCAACCUUUCUUCCAACAGCCUCUCCGGCCCCAUCCCCGCUACAGUCAGCUCCUUUACACACCUAAAGCGCCUGCACCUCUACAAUAACGCUCUCACGGGAUCAAUCCCAGCUGGUGUGAGCAACAUGAAACGGCUGCGGGGGCUUUGCACCUCCUCCCAUACCCCCUGCGCUGCGUCCCACGCUGCUUCCCGCGCUGCUUCCCGCGCUGCUUCCCCUGCUGCUUCCCCUGCUGCUUUGUCCGCUGCUUGUGCAUCCACUAGAGCACCUGUUGGCAUUGCUGCGACCAAUCCCCUUGCUCCUGCCACUGAUGCUGCUGCUUCUCCCAACAAACCACCACUUGCAGCCUUGCCUGAGUUCGCAGCACCGGCAGCUGCAGCAGGCGAUUGUGGGCCAGGGCUGGGGAAUGGACAGGAGGCAGGCAAGAAGAUCGGGAUGUCCACGGGUGGUACUUCCUGCCGUUACCACCUGCCGUUACCACCUGCCGUUACCUCCUGCCGUUACCUCCUGCCGUUAGCACCUGCCGUUACCACCUGCCGUUACCACCUGCCGUUACCACCUGCCGUUACCUCCUGCCGUUACCUCCUGCCGAUACCUCCUGCCGUUACCACCUGCCGUUACCACCUGCCGUUACCUCCUGCCGUUACCACCUGCCGUUACCACCUGCCGUUACCACCUGCCGUUACCUCCUGUCGUUACCUCCUGCCGUUACCACCUGCCGUUACCUCCUGCCGUUACCACCUGCCGUUACCUCCUGCUGUUACCUCCUGCCGUUACCACCUGCCGUUACCACCUGCCGUUACCUCCUGCCGUUACCUCCUGCCGUUACCACCUGCCGUUACCACCUGCCGUUACCUCCUGCCGUUACCUCCUGCCGUUACCACCUGCCGUUACCACCUGCCGUUACCACCUGCCGUUACCACCUGCCGUUACAACCUGCCGUUACCUCCUGCCGUUACCACCUGCCGUUACCACCUGCCGUUACCUCCUGCCGUUACCUCCUGCCGUUACCACCUGCCGUUACCACCUGCCGUUACCUCCUGCCGUUACCUCCUGCCGUUACCACCUGCCGUUACCACCUGCCGUUACCACCUGCCGUUACCACCUGCCGUUACCUCCUGCCGUUACCUCCUGCCGUUACCUCCUGCCGUUACCUCCUGCCGUUACCACCUGCCGUUACCACCCGCCACGACCCGCCACGACCCUACGAACUAA